CCAAUAGCAGCGCCCGCCGCCGCCAGGAGACAUGUCCGCCGCCUCGCUGGUGCUGUCCGUCCUCGCCGUCGGCUGCUGCGCGCUCGUCUCCGAGGACCCAGCGCUGGACCUGGCCAGCUCCUACUACUACACUCAAGACCGCCCGAGCGACAUGGGCUGUCCGGCUGGCAUGUCGUGCACGGAGCUCACCAGCUGCCGCCUCGUGUACCACCUCAUGGAGCGCUCGUGCCUCAACACCCAUAGGCUGCAGAGCAUGCGGUGCGGCUUCGUGGGCAGGGAGCCCAUGGUGUGCUGUCCUCGGGGCGCCUUCGACAGCCCCUUCGAGGGCCCGCAGCUGGGGCCUCCUCCAGGGGUGUCCGGCGCCGAGCCGGCGGCGACGACCCAGCGACCGCCGCGGCAGCCGGCGGCGACGUGCGGCCAGCCCGCCGUCAGGGCGAGGUCCCGCGGGCUCGGCUCGCACCCCUGGGUGGCCCGCGUCGGCUUCGUCCGCACGCGCUCCUCUCCGUCGCGGGCCGGACAAAUAGACUACCCAUGCUGCGGCUCCAUCAUCUCCAGGACCACGAUCCUCACGGCAGCCCACUGCGCCAUGGCCAACUCCAGUUCCUCCAAGCUGUACUCGGUGCGGGUGGGCGAGUACGACGGCUCGGCCGACCUGGACUGCACCGUGGAGUACUGCGGCCCGCCCGUGCAGGACGUGCGCAUCAAGCGCGUGGUGCUGCACCCGGGCUUCGCCGCCAAGAGCUUCAGCGACGACGUGGCGCUGCUCGUGCUCCGCUCGCCGAUCAACUACACCAUUACAGCGCAGCCGAUUUGUCUGCUCCAGAACCCGAAGGUGCCCCUGGUCGGAAGGCGCGCCACUCUGGUUGGGUGGGGUAAAACUCCUGGACAGAAGUCCACCCCGGAGCGCCAGCAGCUGCAGGAGCUGCCCGUGGUGCCGGCGGACUCGUGCAAGAAGCUGUACAACGCCCUGGUGCCCAUCUCCAGCAGGCAGCUGUGUGUCGGCGGAGAGGAGGGCAAGGACGCUUGCUCGGGCUUCGGCGGCGCGCCGCUGCUCUUGCUGGACCACAUCGAGCGCAAGAAAUACUACCAGGUGGGGAUAGCAUCUUUCGGGUCCAAUAAGUGUGGAGCUCGUGGCAUUGUCAGCGUCUACACCAAAAUCACAAGUUACGUUGACUGGAUACAGGACAACAUGACGCAAUAAACAAUCAUUCCUAUAUUUUAUUGUAUUUAUACAUAUUAGUUAAUUUAUUAUUUGUUAUUAUGCACCAGUCACUAUGGCGUAAUUCAAAAUCAUCUGAAACAAACCCUAUCCAAGUUACUUAAAAAUAUGGAGAUGUUUUUAAGGGCCUGCGUUAAUGGGGGAUGCCUUAUGCUAGAAAGUUAUUUAAAUUUUACUUUCAACACAGUUAAAUUUGUAGACUUUUUGAGUGGCAGAACUUCUACAAAAUGAAAAAAACCCACGUAUAUCUCAUAUAUUUUGCAUAAUUAGCUGGCAAAGUUACAUUUUGAACGUUUUUGUGCAGUAUGGUUAAGGAGAACCAAAUUGAAUAAAUAACUGAACAUGUUUGGGUUAUAUAGCAAUUGCAGUGGCUACUGGUUAGUAAGUAGCCUAUAGUUUAAAAUUAUUUCAGAAAAAAUUUAUUUAAUUUCAUCAAAACCUUUUUAAAAUAACAAUUCUCUUGAUUUUGUAAGGCAAGGUAAACUUAAAUUUUUUUUUCUGAAUUAAAUUAAACCAUAUCACAUAGUAGCAAGAAAAUUUGACUUUAAACCUAAAAUGUUCCAACUUUACAAUUUUCAUUCUCAUUAUUCAUACUGCACAAAAAAACGUUAAAAUAGCAACUUUGCCAGCUAAUUAUUCAAAAAGUAUGCGAUGUUUAUUUUUUUUUUUUUAAAUAUUGUGAACUUUCAGCCACACAAAAAGUCGGCAAGUUUAACCGUGUGAAACGUUAAUAUAAAAUAAUGACCUGGAAAGGGUCAUACACCAUUACGGGCAGCUGAAUUAACAAAAAAUAUGUGCUGUUGCAGUAUAAAGAAAACAUUUUUUAUGUAUCAUGUAUUUUUAUAGAAUUGUAUACUUUGGUACCAACUGAACUGUUUGUAUACUGACCCAAAAACAAACACACUCACAGUAUUGUUUAAAAAUCUAAUGAUUUUUAUCGUUUCUGUAGCACUAAAUGAGCCGAUGGGUGUGACUUUAGAUCAUGAUUAACAAAUGUGGUUUAUUAAGAAAGGGUGCGCGAGUAGCAUAUUUUGAUGUUAAGUCGAGUCGUGCAAAAAAUCGAGUAUCUCGAAUCGAUUAGCUAAGGACAACUUAUUUUGGAGUUUUCCUUUCGAGCUCAGCAGGAAAACGUGGCACAAAGUACAUGCUGAACAUGUCUCACAAAAGUUUUUGAAUCACAAUCAUAGUACUGUACUAAUUUCAUAAUAGCAUUUUGUACUCAUCCAAAGUAUUUAUAGUUACAAAAUAUUUUACUACUAUAAUUAACAAUGUAAUUUUUCAUGUAUUUUAGCCAUUAUAAUUUUCUUUACGAGGUAUCCGCCCGAAACUAGUAUUAUUAGAAAAUAAUAUAAACUGUCAAACGUAACAUGCACUGCAAAGAAACUUUUAACUUUUCUGUAUUGCAUUACAGUUAAAGACGUUUAGUUAACGAAGUUAACUUUUAACAUAUUAUUGAAUAACAUUUUGGCAAAAAAACUGUAUUAAAUUUUAUUGAUAUAUUCAAGUUUGACAUUCCCAUACACCCGGACACUACAAUUUAUACGCUCAAAACCAGAAUAUUCAGAGUUUAUGAACGCUCAUAUCGUAUUUAUGCUCAGUUUGUAGAGCAGCGUACAGUAAAAUUUAACGUGCAAUACAUGUCUGACGCUUUUUACGGUAACUAUGGUGGAUCAAGUUUAUUCAGCAACAGUACCGUAAUAUUUAACUUGUCCGAUGUGUAUCAGGCUAUUUACGGUAAUUAUUAUAGGUACUUUGUUGGAGUUUAUUAAUCAGCUAUUGUUCAUUUUUAGGUAUAUUUCAAAGAAAGACUACCUAUUGAAGACGUUACCAUGGAGGUACUUCCAGCAAAUUUUUAUGUAGUUUUUCGUUUCAUGGUCCGUAGACCCCAAAACCAUAGUCAACAUAUGUAUGACACGAUAACUGCCACAAUUUUUCACAAAUCACUUCAAAACUGAUACAUAAAAUCUAGUAGUGGAAAAUCUCCAUUCGACCAAAGAGGUAGAAACGGAGAUAGAUUUUUUGAAAAACAGAAAAAUCGCUGUAACUCCCAUAAUAUGGAAAAUAUCAUAUCUGUUUGAAUGUAUUUUAACUCGUAGGUUUAAUACCACAAUCUUUUGUCUGAAAAGAACCGUAACUGCGAGAGGUGUUAAAACAAUGGUUGGAGGACAAAAAAUCCCUUCGCAGGCACAACAUCAAAUUCGUACAAAUUUUUUGUACGAGUAUAUCUUAUAAUUUUUAUCUAAAAUUUUUCUGAAUCUUUUUUUAUAGUUAAACCAUAGCUGCAAGGGGUUGAAAAAACCUGGGGUUAAAAAACCUGGAAUUGAAAUAAGAAAAUAAAUUAAACUUUUCUACCAUUUACUCUAUUGAAUUAAAAUUUAUUUUCGUUUAACAUUUUAAAUAUUUUUGAAAAUGUUUGUAUAAAGUAAAUUUAAUGAAACAAGCCAUUAUUGCAAGGGGUGGAAAGUCAAAAAAGUCAUUAUUUUUCAAAAUAGAUAUAUCUACUAUCAAAACUUUAUCUAAAACCUUUGGUUGAAAAUUUUUUUUUGAAACGAACUAUUAACGUAAAAUCAGGAGUUGAAAUUAAAAAUUAAUUAAAAAUUCUUUAGAAUAAAAUUGGUCGGAAUUAAAUUUUAGCUAUCUUAAUAUUACCUUAAAACUUUCUCCAAAAAUAUCAUAUGACCAUGUAUUAUUGAAAGGGAUGAAGAAUAGUGUUUGAAGGUCAAAAAUAAUUGUAUAACUACUUUAGAAGGUAUAAUAUGAAAAUUCGUUACGACAUUAAGUGCUGGAUGCAUUGAGUUAAAAACAUUCAAAAUAUUUUCGCUGCAUGGAAUAUGAUAAAAUGUUUAAUCUAUCUACUGUAUGUUUAAUAUCGGCGAACAUAUAGUAUGCUAUGCACAUCAAGUUCUUAAAAUGUUCCAGAAGUUUAUAGAAGAUUUCAAAACAUUUCCAGAAGAAAUAGGUACUUCGAAAUCUACCUACGCCUGUAAGAUGUGCCAAAAGGAUUUUUUUUUUACUUCCCGUGCAUCAGAAGGCAAGACGUUAAAUGAUAAAUGAGUAUUUUUACGUUUGUUACUUUUUAAUGAAGACCGGUACAGAUAAUGUUCACGUAGAAAAGAAUAUUUGUAAUUUUAAGAAAUAGUUGUUACUGCAGCAAACUCUACAAAAAUUUCGAGUUUAGUGCAUACGAACUUUGAAUAUAUAUACUGUAUAGAAGUCGCGAGUGGAUAGGAUUUACUCUACGUUUUUCAAAAGCGUAUGAUGAGCAGCUUGGGAACUUCACCGCUGCAGUGCGCUGCCGUAGCGCCCUGUAUCGUCUUAGUUGUUAUUUACCCGUUAGGGCGCAGUACUGUCGCCCGCUGUCAUUCCCCGCACCCCCCAUCAAUCAUUCACUGCAGCUCACGGUCGUUCAACAGGAGGGGGAAGGGGUGUUUGAAGAGUUGGACACUUGUCCGCUAGAGACCACCACAAGUCGAUGCCCUAGAGAUGGUGGCGAUUGCGGCGGUGAAUUAACCAACUACCUCAAAACCGUAUUCGAAAUUUUAACCUGGGCUGGCGACUUCUAUACAGUAUAUAUAUUCAAAGAUACGAAGGAGAUAAACUUCUGUCUGUAUUAUAUGUUAAUGUAAAAACAAUUGUGACGAUGCUACUUUAAUACGCCGAAUAAAAAAUUCAAAUCAUAAUAACAGUACGAGAUUAUAUAAAACUAGCCAACAUUGCUAACAACUUUCAUAUUGAACUAUUCGUGUUUUUUAUAAUGAAACGCUCGUGCUGAAGAGCUUAAUUUGUAACGAAUGCCUAUUUAAUAAUGUCUUCAUAAAAUAAUAACGUUUUCUACGAGCGUCACAACUACUAAGUAUAAAUAAUCCUCGAUAAAUCCAGAUUUGUAUCAGUAAGGUUUCAUUAGUUUCCCUGAACACAACUGUUAACUGCUGAAAUUUUUGAGCUUUAACAUAAGGCUUGAAUCGAGUACUUAAAAAUCGACUCGACUCUACUAGACAUUUUUAGUACCUAGCUAUUUUAAUUCCAAGUGGGACAGUUGCUGUACAGAACUGAUGCGUUCGUCAGCAACUUUCAAAAAUUUAAAUUUUAACAGUGGAUGAAUGUAAUAAAAUUCAAAAUUACAAAAACAAAAUAUAAAAUUUAAUUAAACGAUUUUAAGUGUUAACACGACACACAUUUAUAAAACAGUCUUUAUUUCUCUUCUUCGGCAGCUUAGGCAUGCAAAACACAGUGGAAGAUUUCUUGAAAGGUCCUCUGACAUAUUCUAAGUCCGCUGGUAUAGGAUGUUCUGUGGAGAUUUUAGCUGUCCGUUGUCCAUUUACAUGGAUGUUUUGGUUUUUGUAAGAAUGUCAAUUUCUGUAAAACAUUUUCUGUAAAGUGGACAUAUUGAAUGAAGUUUUGAUGAUACUACAAGUGAUAAAAUAUGCCAUUAGUGUUUUUUCUAAAAAUAUAUGAGCAGGUGAGUUGCAGAACUAUCCUUAUCCACCAGAAGUGAUUUUUCAGGAAAUAGGAAAAACUCAUAACUUAAGUAAUUUUUCAUAUUUUAUGCAGCUUCAUUUUUCUGUAGUAAGAGUACAAUAAUAUUAGUUGACUAAAGAAAUAUUUUAAAAAUCCAGAUAAACCGUCGUUAGUUAUUCGAGAUUGUAAUAUGGAAAAGGACAGUUUUGCAGCAAACUAGCGGAAAACGACAGUUUUGGUAUUAAAACACGUAAUUAAAUUUAAUAUAGAAGUUGAAAUAAAUAAAAGUUGAGCUUUUUUUGUAAACUUUACAAACUUUAGCACUAUGUACAUAAUGUUACACAUAAAGUGGAAAUGUUUCAUCUGGAAAGAAUAAAAGUCUACACCACUGGAUAAUCUGCUUCAUCCACGUUGGUGCACUCUUAGAUUGCAUUUCCAUAUGUAUGUUCGACUUCUUGAGCAUCAAUAACAUUUCGGUAAUAUUCUAGAUGUUCCAAGUCUCGCCAGUUCUUACCAAAAUGUUUAGUAAGAAGAUUAUUGACAUCUUUCAGUUUUUUUACAGGAAAUGAGUGUAACAAUGGUUCUGUAUUAAUAUUGGCCACAGCCAUGCUCCUUCUGAUGAUAGAUGAAACAGUUGCACAAUAUACUUCAUAGUUGAUUUCGCCUCUAACACGGACGGCACCAUUUUUAAUUCUUGUUAGCAUUAUCCUCUUGCACAUAGAUAACCGAAAGUGCCAAUGUGAUGUAUGCUUGAGUACAAUUUGCACAGAAGUUUUCCAGUCAAAAACAGGUUCUUCCUUUCCAUGACUCUUGACUGUUCCGAAUAACUUGAAAAUGCCAAUGUAUUCUCCUGGAACUGUUUGCUACCUUUGCCCGAGAAGUCCUCUUUGGAGCCAUCUGGGAAGUAUACUUCAAAAUAAAGCUAUCCUGAGACACUUUACGAGAUGUAGCAUAAAAGGCCUGAUGGAAACGUCUGAUAUCUUGCAUGGCUAGAGUUGCACAUUUAAAGGUCUUCGUAUCAUGUCCGCUUUGCGGCUUUCUCAGCAGUGAUUUUGAUGUAUACCUGAAACAAUGCGAAAUCAUAAAAAAAUUAUA